AUGGCGACAAAGAAGGCUACGAAUUGGAAGUUGUGGGGAAAGAUGCUGCUUGGUGGUGGAAUCUUUUGCGUGGGCGGCCCGGCCUUCACCAUGUGGGUGUCGCCGACGGAAGAGGAGCUCUUCAAGAGAUACAACCCCGAGCUACAGGCCAGGAGUCUUGCGAACCGCGAAAAGACGCAGGAGGAGUUUGACCAGUUUGUUACGAAGCUGAAGGAAUACUCCAAGUCGAACAAGCCGAUCUGGACGGUGCGAGACGAAGAUAUUGAGAGACAAAAGCAGGCACGCGUGAAUGAACAGAGGAGGAGAGAGGCAGAUCUCAAGGCACAGCAAGCGGCGAUGCGCAAGGAGUCGGGAAUGUCGGAUGACUUGGACUGA